AUGCGUGUGGUACAGAUCCUCCAGCGCAGCGGCCGCGUGCUCGGCGCCCGCUCCACCGUCGCCGCCCGCGCCUUCUCUUCCCUGCCCGACCAUGAGGUCGUCGGCCUCCCGGCCUUGUCCCCGACCAUGGAGAUGGGCACGAUCUCGGCGUGGUUGAAGAAGGAAGGCGACAAGAUCAGCGCCGGCGACGUCAUUUGCCAGGUCGAGACCGACAAGGCCGUCGUCGACUUUGAGGCCCAGGACGACUCGUACCUCGCCAAGAUUCUCAAGCCCGAGGGCACGGCCGACAUCAAGGUCGGCGAGCCCAUCUUUGUCACGGUCGACGAUGCCAGCUCGGUCGCUGCCUUGGCCACGUUUACGUCGGGCGUGACGCUCGCCGGUGUCUCGGGCUCGGGCCCGUUGGGCCGCAUCAUCCGCGCCGACGUUGAAGAGGCGCUUGCCCGCGUCCAGUCGCAGCCGGCGGUUGCCGCGCCGGUUGCGGCGGCGCCGGUCGCCGCCGUCGCCGCCCCGAUUGUCCAUCAUGGUGACUUUACGGACGUCCCGCUCUCGGCCAAGGCCCAGGCGUUCGCGGCGCAGUUGACGCAGCAGAAGCUUGACGUGCCCCACUACCACUUGACGAUCGACGUGACGCUCGACAAGCUUCUCUCGGCGCGCGACCUCUUGAACAAGACGCGUGGCGAGACCGACCAGCUCUCGGUCAACGACUUUAUCCUGCGCGCCGCGGCGCUCACGAUGAAGAAGAUCCCGGCCGCCAACUCGGCGUGGAUGGGCACGUUUGUGCGCCAGUUCCACAACGUCAACAUCAGCAUGAUGAUGUCGGUCGACGGCGGCGUCGUGGCGCCGGUCCUCCGCGACACGAACCUCAAGGGCCUCGAUGGUCUCAACGCCGAUGUGCGCGCCCUCGUCGAGAAGGUCACGAACGAGCACUCGGACUUGGCCGACGACGAUUUCGAGGGUGGUACCUUUACGAUCAGCAACGUUGGCAUGUACGACGUCAAGGCCCUCGCAGCCAUUGUGAGCCCCAACCAGGCGUGCUCGCUCGGCCUUGGCGUCAUCUCGAAGCGCGUCGUGCCCAACGACGACCCGGACGCGACCCAGAUCUACAAGUUUGCGACGCAGAUGACGGCGACGCUCGCCUGCGACCACCGUGUCAUUGAUGGCGCGACCGGCGCCCAGUGGCUCGCGUCGUUCAAGGAGCUCGUCGAAGACCCGCUGCGCAUGAUUCUCUAA